CUCAUUUCCUGUUUCCUAGCAACAACAGCAGGAAGUAUGUGGAAAAUGUAAAGAAAAAAAAAAGAGAGGUCUGGAUUUCUGCAAAGAAAAACAAAAUAUUUGAAAUAGAUCAAUAAAAACAAGUCAAUCAAGCCUUCAGAAAGCCGUAACAUCCCGGCUGCUUAUAAAAACACGUGCAUCGUUCGAUCAGUCAACACCUUGGAAAUGCCUUAACAUCCGAACUCGGGAAUAUAUCAUGCCAUGCUUUGCCUUCAUUCCCUGGGAGAACGGGAGAAGAAAAAUCCUUUUUUGAUGCCUGAAUGCUAAAACACCAGUAAAGCAAAAGUCUUAAACCUUUUCCGUGGGGGGGGAAAAAAAAAGAGUCAAGGAGCGCUGAAUAACAAACGAUACAGAGUCUUCCCACCGAACCGCCCCCCCUCCCCAAACCCCCCUCCCUUCCCCCUCUCAAAUUAUUUUAUUUAUUAAAAAUUGAAUAUUAAGACCAUGCAGGAUCAAGAAGGGCAAGGCGGUUUUCUGUGCAAGCAUUGCGACGAGGUGUGCCAGAGUUGGCCUGAUCUUUUGGAGCACACGGAGAGCCACUGCCUGCAGAACGACGAGAGGAGGUUUAAGUGCGGUGAGUGCGGCCGGGGCUACCGGCACGCUGGCAGCCUGGUGAAUCACAGAAAGACCCACGAGGUGGGUCUGUACCGCUGCUCCGUCUGCGGCAAAGAGCUCAACAACCCCUUGGCGCUUCGCAACCACCAGCGCCUGCAUGCCAGGGGGCUUCACUGCCAGCUCUGCGGGAAGACUUUCAGGCUGGCGUCUCAGCUGGCCGCCCACCAGAAGUGCCAUGAAGGCGUCGUUCCCGGUCAGCAUCCCGGGAACGCGGAGGGAGACGACGAUGGGUUUCCCGGAGCCGACAGCUCCAGUUUGGAAGCCGGGAACCUCCUGGACGGCCGGGAGAUCUCAGACGGAUUUCAGCAGCCGGGUGCGUGCUUCACGGAUCCCCAACGCGGGGAAGGAAACCUCGGGGCUGGCGGCGGGAACGUACUGCCGGGCGGAGCGUUCACGGAGAACCUUCUUAGCUUUCGCCCCGCGGAGACUAAUGCCUCGACUCCUCUGAGAACCUGCUCGGGAAAGACCCGGGGGAAAGUUUCCGAACCCUGCCCGGAGCCCCUGAGCUCGGAGGACCGCCCGUUCAAAUGCGUCCAGUGUGAGAAAACGUACCGUCACCACGGGAGCCUCAUCAACCACAAGAAAUCGCACCAGCUGGGGGCAUUCGAGUGCCGCGUCUGUUUCAAGCAGUUCAACAACUUGGCGGCUUGCAACAGCCACGUGCGCAUCCACUCCAAGUCCAAACCCAGCCGGUCCUUCGAGGACUCCGAUCUGUCGUCGGGGGUCCCUCGUAGCAGAGGGGGCAGCAACGGCGAGAGAUCCAACUUCUGCCAUCUCUGCCAGGUGGCUUUCGAGAGCGAGUCCGAGUUUGAAGAUCACAUCGUCCUGCACAACAGCUCUUCCCUGGCUCUGGGUCACCCGGACGGGUCCCGAGAGGAAAGCAGCGUCUCCUCCUCCUAUCCGUACGACGAAGGGGAAAGCUGUCGCCCGCCCCCUGAAAGCGCGCCCUUUGGAGAGACGGCCGAUCCCGGGGACAAGACCGACAGAGAACCUCCGAACGGGCUGGCGUACGCCUGCGCCUUCUGCGGCGAAUGCUACUCCGACCUGGAAAGCCUUAAAGAUCACUACUUGACCCACGACUCCGGAGUGGCAGAGAAGGAGAAGAAGGAGGAGGAGGAAGAGGAAGCCCCCCAGACGGAUCCGAUCAAAACCGAGAACAGCAGGAACGCCAAAAGCCCCGUUAUCCAAGCCAAUGCCAGGGAUCCCGCUACGGUUGACGUCGAACGCAGGUUUAGGUGUCAGGAGUGUGGUAAAAGCUACCGCCACGCGGGGAGCCUCGUCAACCACAAGAGGUCACACCAGACCGGCGUCUACCAGUGCUCCAUCUGCAGGAAGCAAUGCCUCAAUCUGGCUGCCUUGAAAGGUCACCUCCGAAUUCACAGAUCCAAGCCCCCUUCUCUGAGCUUCGGCAGCGGAGGUUUAGAUCUGCUCCCGGACUGGCUGUCCAACGAACCGGUGGACUGCCGAGACCUGGGAAGCCUGGAGAACUCGGGCAGCGACGAUGUUGGCUUCCAGGGCUUCGGGAACGAGCUGGACCGGAAGGAGCACACAAUGUCUCAUUUCGGCGCCCUGGCGGAAGUAGAGCCCGUCGAGCCGCUGGGAGGCCUUUGCAAAGCGGAGAACGACUUCGAGGGAUUGGGGCGUCUCGAAAACGGCGUCCCAAAGAAGGAAGAAGAAGAAGUGGAAGAGCUGAUGACGGACGCCCACCUUCAAGCCGACAGGCACAUGUGCGCAGACUGCGGGGAGACUUAUGCAGACAUUGCAGGCAUAAAAAGCCACCGUUGCCCGUACCGGGAGAGGAGGAGGGCUGGCCAGAACGGGUUCCCGGGCGAAGAUUUGGGUCGGGGGGAGAGGAACGGUCUGGCGGGUUCCAGAAGGAGAAAGCAAGCGCCCACCCACAGACGCUUGGAGGAGGAGGAAAGCGCCGGCGAGGAGGAGGAAGAGGAGGAGCUUCGCGAACGCGGGGAGCUGCUGUCGGAGGUUUGCCAGUGCUCCGUUUGCGGGAACCGUUACUCCAGUCUGUCUGCCCUCAAGAGCCACCUGCGGUUCCACACGCACCCCGCGACGGACCCUCCGAGACGAGGCCGUUCCUCCCUGUCCUCCCCGGAACCCGACACAUCCGGGGGGCUUCCGGAGGAGGAGGAGGAGAGCAACCUCCAGAUAUGCAGCACGUGCGGCGAGAGCUUUCUGAACGAAGCCGAUUUCAUCCGGCACCAGCUGACACGUCACGAGAGCCCUUUCCCGGAUUUCUUGAGUCCGGACGCGCCCCGGAACUUUACCGAAGACGAGGAGGCCCUUUGCAAAGACGGGGAGGAAAACCAAGACGACAGCCGAGAAAACAAGAGCCACAUCUGCGGAGAAUGCGGCGCGGUCGUCUACGGGAAUUAUCGGGAGCUGGAGAGCCAUCGCUGCGCCCACCAGCCAGGCUCCGGCGCAGGGGGGUUCCCGAGCGACCCGCCGCAGACCCUCAAAUCGGAAGACCCCGUCGGAGGUUCGGACGCGGAGGCCAGGCCCUAUCGGUGCGAUCAGUGCGGACGGGCGUAUCGCCACGCCGGCAGCCUCCUCAACCACAAGAAGUCCCACAAGACCGGGGUGUUCCGUUGCUUCGUGUGUCAGAAACGUUUCUACAACCUUCUUGCUCUGAAAAACCACCAGAGGGUCCACUUUGAUGUCAAGCGACACAAGUGCUUGGAGUGCGGCAAAGCCUUCAAGCUGCAUAAGCAGCUGGUGAGUCACCAGAGGAUGCACCUGGAGAGCCGACAGAAAACCAAGCACCUCAGCAACCAGCUGCAACAGCUAAUGCCAGCCAGCAACGGCCCGGUGGCCGACGUCCCCGCUUCCAAAUCCAACGGCAAGCCGCUGCCCUUCCAAGAACGGGGGGACCCCGGUUUGUCCUCGACUGACAGCUGGGCGGAAAAUAACCUUGGGAUUCUGGGCUAUGUGGGGAAGGAAGCCCAUCCCACGAAUGCUAGCAAGUCUACUGCCGAGGAUUCCCGACAGACCGACCCCACCACCAGCCUCCAACUCGCCCCGGUCCAGGUCAAGGUUAGGGUUAAAAGGCGGUCGGAUUCUGAGGCCGGGGGGCAGGCGAAAGGCUCGGUGGAGCGACCGUACUGUUGCGGUCAGUGCGGCAGGACCUACCGGCACGCGGGCAGUCUCGUCAACCACAAGAAGUCCCACCAGGUGGGCCAGUAUUACUGCACCGUCUGCGACAACACUUACCCCAACCAGCUGGCAAUGAAGAACCACCUGCGAGUCCACUUUGGAGCGAAGAAGUAUUGUUGCCCGGACUGCGGGAAAGCCUUCCGCGGGAAGAAGCAGCUAUCCAGUCACGCUUGCGGAAAAGUUGGGAGAGCUGGAAGCUCCAGGAAGCAGAAAAACCCGCCCCUGACUUCGGAAAACGGGAAUGGGUUAGAGAAGAAGAAGAAGAGGAGGAAUAAGAAGAUGGUGGAGGACUCUUCGGAGUGUUACGGGCCUGCUUUCCCUUCCGCGACCGAGCGUCUGGGGUCUGACGUGAACGACGGCGCGACGGCUUCGUCCCUCGACCCGGACGACAGGCCCUUCCGCUGCGACGUGUGCCAGCGCACCUACCGCCACGCGGGCAGCCUGCUGAACCACAAAAACACGCACAAAACCGGCAGCUUCGAGUGCGUCGUCUGCCAGAAGAUCUUCUCCAACCCCAUGGCCAUGAAGAACCACCUCCGCAUACACACCCAAAAGAAGCCCUACCCGUGCCCGGAGUGCGGCAAAGCAUUCCGGCUCUCCAGCGCCCUCCAGAACCACCAGAAGCUGCACUUCGGGGACGUCCCGCACAGGUGCCAAGGGUGCGGCAAAGGAUUCCUGAGCGGCCGGAGUUUGAGGCGUCACCGCUGUGGAUUCGGGACGAAUCAGAAAGGGGGGAGCAGAAAGGAGAGAAGCAGCAGCAGAGCCGCGGAAACCCGAGGGUCUCCCGGGGGUCCCGGCAGCCGACGGGACGAGCGUCCGUUCAGGUGCGAUCAGUGCGGCCGCACUUACAGGCACGCCGGCUCUCUCCUGAACCACCGGAACACCCACACCACGGGCAUCUACCGCUGCGGCGUGUGCCUCAAGCAGUUCUCCAACUUGCUGGCCUUGAAGAACCACCACCGCAUCCACUCCGAGGUGAAGCGCUACAAGUGCCUGGACUGCGGCAAGGCCUUCCGGGUUUCCUCGCACCUGCUGAGCCACCGGCGGGUCCACACGAGGGAGCGGCCCUUCUUCUGCGCCCCCUGUGGCCGAGGCUUCGCCAGCAAGGCCAAUUUUGCCCACCACCUGUCCCUGCACAAGACCAAGCCUUCGCACUACUUCUUCCAGAAGAGGCGGGGAGGAGGGAGGAGGGGAGGGAUGCUGGGGGAGGAGGAAGAGGGGAUCCCGAGCGCGGGACCGGGGGCCAGCUGGGAAGACCCGGAUCGGGUCGCCAAGGAUCCCGCCGCCUUUGAGUGCGACCAAUGCGGGAGCUUUCAUCCGACUUCGGAGGACCUCCGGGAGCACCAGGAAACGCACGGAGGAGACAAGCCCCACGUUUGCGAGCACUGCGGCCGGACUUACCGCCACGCCGGCUCCUUGCUCAACCACAAGAACAGCCACAAGACGGGGUCGUACUCUUGCUCCGUCUGCCAGAAGGAGUUCUCCAACCUCAUGGCGCUAAAGAACCACCGGAGGAUCCACACGGAGCCCAGGAGGUACAAGUGUCAGGACUGCGGCAAAGCCUUCCGCGUCUCGACCCAGCUGAUCUGCCACCAGAGGGUCCACACCAAGGAGAAGCCUUUCUCCUGCUCCCUCUGCGGCAAGUGCUUUUCCAGCAAGUCCAACCUCCGACACCAUCAGAAGGUUCACGAGAGCAGGCACCCUGCGGAGGAAGGGCUGGGAAACCUGCCCUCACCCCUCCCCGUGACGGGGAGCGAGUCCGGAGCCACGGUGAAUCUGGGAGGCCUCCCCGGGUUGUCUCGAGUGAAGGCCGAAUCGUAACCCGCUCUUCGGCGGCUUUUUCUGUUUUUUAAAUUUGAUUUAUUUUUUAGUUUUUUUGUUUCUGUUUUUUUUUUUGUUUUUAUGGUGUCUUCAGUCGUUCUGUUUCUGGGACGCUCUGGGUAAUUUGAGUUCUCUCGAAGGUGUUUAAGCUUGCUUGAAGAAUCCUAACUGCCGGACGCUAAACUGGCGUCCUAAUUGCAUUCAAAUACUGAGGCAAUGCUGCCUUUCUCUGCUGGCCAAAACUCACUUCUCUCUCCUCUCCUCUCUCUCCUCUCUCGCUCUCUUUGUCUCUCCUCCUCUCCUCUCUCUCUCUCCCUCUCUUUCUCCUCUCUCCCCUCCUCUCUCCCUCUUCUCCUCCCUCUCCCCUCUCCUCCCUCUCUCCUCUCUCCCUCUCCUCCCUCCUCUCUCCUCCUCUCUCUCUCUCUCAAUCUACAGCUGGGGACAAAAGUUUUGCAACACCUAGAAUUUCAGGAUUGAGAAUUUAAAAAAACAAAACAAAAAAAAAACUGUAUGAACAUUCAGAUCUUUUUAUUUAACAUCAUGAUGUAAUCAAAGAAACUACAAAAUGAUAUCGAAAAAAAAAAAAGGCUACAGGAAGCCAUAAUAGCAGUACAGAAUUUCCUUUUUACAGUAUUUUUUUAUUUAUUUAUUUUUUUUUUUACAGUUUUUCGUUACGUCCGGAAAACUCCAAAGUGGCGGUGUGUAAUUCAGUACGUUAACGUCACAUUAUUCAGCAGGUUUCAUUCGACUUGAUGAAGCAGAAUCAGUUCAUUCUAUAGGGUGAUGCAAAACAUUUAGCCAGAGCUGCAUCUGUCUAGCGGUAGAGGUGACUAUUUUCAAACGGUUGUGAUGAGAACGUCCAUUCUGUGUCUGCAGUUAGGACUCUCCCGGCAAAGCGAAAUACGAUUCUUAGGAGCAAUAGAACCCAGAUCCGCUCAGAAAGAUUGCAAACGCCAGGGGAAUUAGAUUAAAUAUCGGGAGUUUAUAUAACACUGGGGGAGGGGAGGGGCGGGGGGGGACCCUGCAUCGCAUCAACCUCCUCAAUAUUACCGGUGAAUUCAGGGUGCUGUAAAAUGCUAGUGUUGGGUUUUUCUAGGUGUAUUUUCAUUAUCAAUGAUUAAAAAUCUGGAACUCCUGUUAAUUUUGACUAAGUACGUCAAUAAAUGGUGCAGUAACUGAGAGUUCAGUUGAUAAGGGGACCCUGUAGCUCCUCGGGACUGGUGUUGGAGACUCUAGGCUGAUGAAAGGAACCCCUUUGUCUUUUAACAAUUGAAAGGGGUGGAGGUAUGGCAUUUAGGACUUAAAAAAUAAACCUUGUCAAACUGAACUCCUCCACAGGCUCUCCCAAGGACGCUGAUCAAAGACUUCCACAAACAUGUUUUUUUUUUUAUUUUAACAAUGUGAGAGAUUGGAAGCCCACCCAGAUAACGUACCGAGCAAACCAAAGCUUGUAACCAAUAAUAAGAUAAAAGAAGCGGACAUGGUGAGAUAUAUUUCACAUCUGUGAAGGUAACCUGGGAUUUGAAAGAGCGACUGGGCAGGAAUCAGAUUCCUAUUGCACAGCAGCGUCACCCAUUACAGGUUUUACUACCAGCUUGAUCAGCCCCCAAGUGUGUCUAGCUAACAAGCUCAGGUGUGUCUGAUUAUUAAACUCCUAGGGAAACCAGGACUGGAUCACACUGCUGUGCAACGGGAGUCUUACUAAAUAUACUGAAAUCCUUGAAUAGCUGAUCGUCUUUUUAGACAUAGCAAUGGUUUUAACGGUCAAGCUGUCUCACAAGAGCGUUGGUGCUCCCAAAAUGUGAUCUAUUUUAAAUACAGACCGAUUUAGGGGUGCAACCAUUUUUUCCCCCCACUCUGGGACCCCCCCCCCUCCCCCCCGCCCCGUGCCCUUCGAGAUAUCUUGGUAUCCUUGACUAGAUAACCGUCUCCUCUUUUAAAUGUACGAAAACGGUUUUAAUUUUUUAAAAAAUCAAUCUGUUCCACGGGCGCAGCAGUGGUGCUCCAGGUUUCUAUCGGUGUGUAACGGUCACUCUACAGGCAUAUGAAAUAGAGACUGAUCACCAGCAAUCACAAUAAGUAAAUGCAUAAGUAAACUGGGCGACAAGAGAAUAAUAAUAAUAAUAAUAAUAAUAAUAAUAAUAAUAAUAAUAAUAAUAAUAAUAAUAAUAAUAAUAACAAGGUAAACUUAACACAAUAUGCACAGUAAACGCACAAAACAACCCCACAAUGAAACAUAUACUCGCAAAUCAACCCAGAAAAGUUCCAAAUCCGAAUUUUUAAAUGUUAUUAGCUUUACAGCAGUUGGCAGGAGUUGAAAUUCAAGAACGAAAAAAGUAAAAAAAAUAAAGAGCCGGUUAGACCUCGCUCCCCCUUUUUUUUUUGCCAGUCUGAAAAGUCCGAGGUAGACUUGAGAGCGAUGAAAUAAAGCAUUUCUUUCUUUUUUUUGUGAUUGCUGGCUAUGUUUUUAUAUACCUGUCGAGUGAUCGUUCCAGGUGUUUAUCUACAUAGCCACUGGCAUGGUCAAAACAACAAGGCAACUCCAGCAGUAGCGAGAUCAGAUAUCGUCUGUUUCUGUAUUCCAGUCGCAUUGUAAUUCCUUGACGGGCUUCAAUACAGCAAAUAGUAUUAUUAUUAUUAUUUAUUUCUUAGCAGACGCCCUUAUCCAGGGUGACUUACAAUUGUUACAAGAUAUCACAUUAUUUUUUACAUACGAUUACCCAUUUAUACAGUUGGGUUUUUACUGGAGCAAUCUAGGUAAAGUACCUUGCUCAAGGGUACAGCAGCAGUGUCCCCCCACCUGGGAUUGAACCCACAACCCUCCGGUCAAGAGUCCAGAGCCCUAACCACUGCUCCACACUGCUGCCCUUCUGCACGCAGGGUGUGUCUGAGAAACGUGUGUUUUGAAAGGUCAACGUUUGUGUAAUCGUGUGAGCGACACAAACAGUAGGACCUGACCGUUUUCUAUCUGCGCUGUGCUGGGGGGGACGUCUGUCGCGUAUCCUCCGUCUUCAAGCGGGACUUUGCUAGAAUUUCUUCAUUUGGAAAACCACGUCGAAGACGCCACGCACGCGUUCAAAUGUGUGUCGGCCGAUGGCCUCAGUCUCUGUGCCUGUGUCGUAAACACACGGAACACGCAAACUUCAAUGUCUGCUGAGCAUCAGAAGAAACGUAUCACUUAUAUUUGGAUAAAAUUCACUAGAUGUGAUUGAAAAAUGACAAACUCUGUUUUAGAGCAGGUGCAGUGACUUUUUAUUGUGCUGAUUAGCAAUCGAUAUCACGAAGGUGCUGCUGAAUGAUCUGUGGAUCUCGGGCAGGUGUUGUGACUCUUGGUCUCCCGGUUGGUGGCGCGGUCAUUGACAGUGUGUGUCUGGUUAUACCGUCCAGCCAGGUUUGAAAUCGCUGGCUGUGAGCACCCAAGACGGCGAGCCACAGCACGCUGCCCUAGUCCAGCCUGUUUUUUUUUCUUUUUUUUUUCUGUGAUUUCUUUAUUGCUUUUAUUCAAGCUUGCAAUUCAACAGCUGAAAUCACUCCACAUCCAGCGUCCAGUCAGCUGUCUCACUAAUUAGGUGAUUAAGCGCAUCUGCUUCAGUCACAGUCACUCAAGCGCGUCAUGGUCAAGGAUGAAUGAUCGAGUGAUUAAAAACGAAACCAAAAACAUUUCGUCAAUGUCCAUCAUUUCUAUACCUUUAUUUAUUUAUUUAUUUAAAAUAAAUGUGUUCUAGUAGCGAUGAGUUUCUUUUGAUGCUAGGUGUAGAAACGUCACUUCUACUGACCUUACGCUAGCCUGAUACCAAGUUGUAGUAUCCUGUCUCUGACCACAACCCUGAGCGAGCCAUCUGGAGGAAGGGCGGUCCGUUCAGCCACUGGUUCCCAGACGUUUCAUUCCCCCUACAGAACCUGGCUAGGUGUUUUUAGUUUUCCCUCUCCUCUGAGUGCAAACGGGGAUCACGGGGAUGCCCUCAAAGCAGGUCUUGUGUUCUUUCACAUUUAAUAGUAGCUGGUUUUUAGAGGUGUGAUGUGCAGAGCAAACAGUAUCCUCUCUUAAUUCCCGUUAGACAACGAGAAAGCAGCAAGCGGUCUCUUCCACACAGCAGAAUUAUUCUCAUAUUUAUUUAUUUAUUUAUUUAGACGGCAGUUAAUAUGUAACACAUUGAGGGUGUUCCCGGUUUUAUAUAUAAUGCUGUUAUAAUAAGUAUUAUUGUUAAUUUGUUUUUAAAUUCAGAUACUGGUUACUUUUACAAUAUAUUUAUCCAGCCCCCCUAAAUUGGUUAAUGCUAUAAUUAUCCAGCAAAGGUCUGCAAGCAAAAUACUAGGCACUGCCAAAAAAUUCAGAUUUGCCAUGGACGUUUUUUUAACCUUACCAUAGAGUAUGUUGGAUAGAAUUAAAUAGUUUAGUGAAAUGUGUUUAUGUAGGACCAACGUUAAUCAAAAAGUAAUAUCAUUAAUAACUUUUAGUUAGCAUUAGAACUGCAGGGAUGGCAAUAAGACUCCCAUUGCAUAGCAGUUUCAUCCAUGCCUGGUUUUAGUGUCAGUCGACACACUGGGGUCUGAUCAAGCUGGUAGUAAAACCUGGAAUGGGUGACACUGCUGUGCAAUAGGAUUCUGAUUCCCAUCCCUGCAAUAAUAAUGCUGGUUAUCAUCACAGGGAUGGGAAUCGGACUCCCGUUGCACAGCAGUGUGAUCCAGUCCUGGUUUCACUAGGAGUUUAAUAAUCAGACACACCUGAGCUUGUUACCUAGACACACUGGGGGCUGAUCAAGCUGGUAGUAAAACCUGGAAUGGGUGACACUGCUGUGCAAUAGGAGUCUGAUUCCCAGCCCUGCAACUGAUAUUGAAGACUGAUAUAACUUCAUACAAGGGUAUCCCACCUCGAUAACCCCAGUUCGAACCUACUAACCAGAAAGUGGUAAAUAGCCAUAGGAGUCAUUCCACAAAUCUUCUCUGUGGGUCUCAUGUGAUGUGCAGUUCUGAAAGAAACACAUACGGCACCAGUUUAAUUUAUACAGCAUCUUUCAUGUACAGUGAAAGCAUCCCAGGACGUUCAUAAAGUCAAAUGAAAGCUGCUGAAUAAUGUUCCCUUGUUAACAUAUUGAAUUCCACCCCCUCUAUAUAGAAUGAACUCCCUCAGCUUCAUAGAGUCCAAUGAAAGCUGCUGAAUAAUGUUCUCUUGUUAACAUAUUGAAUUCCACCCCCUCUAUAUAGAAUGAAAUCCCUCAGCUUCAUAGAGUCCAAUGAAAGCUGCUGAAUAAUGUUUCCUUGUUAACAUAUUGAAUUCCACACCCUCUAUAUAGAAUGAACUCCCUCAGCUUCAUAGAGUCCAAUGAAAGCUGCUGAAUAAUGUUCCCUUGUUAACAUAUUGAAUUCCACACCCUCUAUAUAGAAUGAACUCCCUCAGCUUCAUAGAGUCCAAUGAAAGCUGCUGAAUAAUGUUCCCUUGUUAACAUAUUGAAUUACACACCCUCUAUAUAGAAUGAACUCCCUCAGCUUCAUAGAGUCCAAUGAAAGCUGCUGAAUAAUGUUCCCUUGUUAACUUAUUGAAUUCCACACCCUCUAUAUAGAAUGAACUCCCUCAGCUUCAUAGAGUCCAAUGAAAGCUGCUGAAUAAUGUUCCCUUGUUAACAUAUUGAAUUCCACCCCCUCUAUAUAGAAUGAACUCCCUCAGCUUCAUAGAGUCCAAUGAAAGCUGCUGAAUAAUGUUCCCUUGUUAACUUAUUGAAUUCCACGCCGUCGCUUUGGAGUUUUCCCAGAUACUUAAUGACAAAACUGACUGGAAAAAAUGUGACAUUUCAAAACCUAACAUGAAAUAGUUACUGUACUGCGAUUAUGGCUUCCGGUAGACUUUUUUUUUUUUUUUUUUUUUUUCGCGAUAUCGUUUUGAAGUUUGUUGGUUUAUAUAAAUGUACCAAGUGAAAUUAACUAGCUUUCUUAAACUAAUACAGCAAUGUUUAAAAAAGAAAUAAGUUGCACGUCACAUUUCUUUCAAUGUCGUUUGAGACCUAACUGGAGAAUGGAGGUAUACGAAAGCAGGGAUGGGAAUCAGACUCCCGCUGCACAGCAGUGUGAUCCACUCCUGGUUUCACUAGGAGUUUAAUAAUCAGACACACCUGAGCUUGUUAGCUAGACACACUGGGGCUGAUCAAGCUGGUAGUAAAACCUGGAAUGGAUCACACUGCUGUGCAAUAGGAGUCUGAUUCCCAUCCCUGGCAUUCUUGUGUCGGCUUUGUAUCCCUUUUAGACAGUAACCUGAUUUCACUCCGAAAGUGACUGCUUAGUAACUGGAGCGAUUCCUUCAGUAGAAAUCAGGAUGAUGUUCUUAACUCAUGAUGAUAAUGACUUUUUUUUUUUUUUGUAACAAAAAAAAAAAAGAGUAAAAGUUCUUUUGUUUUAUAAAUAUUAAAUGAAAAUAAUUGAAGGUU